GUGUGUGCGAUCACAUUCUGCUCCAUCAGGGGCAUGGGUUGACCUAGCUGUGGCGGACAGCAAAAGCCAGGCGGACAGGUGCCCCGAGAGGGACCAUGGUGCCAAGGCGGUUGUGGGGGAAACUCAAGCAGCCGUUUCUCUUCCUGAGCAGCGCCUCGCUUCUCCUGGGGCUGGCUUUACUGGUCAUACAGCCCAACGUCGCCCCUGUCGCUUAUUUUUUCCUCUGCUUGGCUGGCUUCUGCUUUUUUGCCUGCCUCCUGUCCUGUGUGGUGGACCGGGUUCUCCAGUCAAUACAGAGCUCAGGGCAGACUGAGAAUCCAGAGGCCUCGGGCAAUGCAAGGGACAACGAAGCUUUUGAGGUGCCAACGUAUGAACAGGCUGUGGUGGUGAUGGGUUCGCAAUCACAGCACCCCCUCCAAGAGCUGGAGCAACCACCCCCUUACAGCAGCGUGGUAACAGCCCCAGGCGUGGAGGGGCCACCGCCUAGCCAGCUAGAGAGGCCCAGCCCGGGAAGCCUGAAAAGGCGUGUGGGCUCAGAGGGGACGAUGUCUCGCAGAGGGAACCCUGGAAGAGCUCUCCGACUUAGGGGGCCACGAGUUGUAUCCACUGCUCCUGAUCUGCAAAGCUUGAGAGUGGCCUCGAAAUCGGAGCCCGCUACUCCACCCCCUGCCUACGAAAUCUCUUUUGCUUACCCUGACGAUGACAAUGUUUUCUAUGAAGAUAAACGGAUACUCCCCUAAGCGAA